AUGGCGAGCGUUCAGCAAGGCGAGAAGCAGCUCUUUGAGAAGUUCUGGCGAGGAACCUUUAAAGCUGUGGCCACGCCGCGUCCUGAGAGCAUCAUUGUCGCCAGCAUCACAGCCCGCAAGCCUCUGCCAAGGACAGAACCUCAGAACAGCCCCAUGGCUCCGGGUCAGGAUGGACCCUCUGGAAAGCUGAGCCAGCAUCUGGCCACAGAGGCCUCGGGCACCAGCUGGGAGAGAGACAAGGCCUGCCGGGAGCGCAGUCCUGCGAGAGCACGCAGCGCCUCCCGCGACAAAGACCGGACGCCACCGCCGUCCUCCCGGGGGAAGAAGAAGAAGAAGAAGUCCACCCGGAAGAGGAGAAGGAGGUCCCCGUCCUACAGCCCGUCACCUGCCAAGAAGAAGAAGAAGAAGAGUUCCAAGAAGCACAAGCGGCGCAGGUCGUUCUCCAAGAAGAGAAGGCACAGCUCUUCCAGCCCAAAAAGCAAGAGAAGGGAAGAGAAGAGGCACAAAAAACAAUCGCGAAGCCGGCCCCGAAAGUCUCACCGCCUCCGCCACCACCACAGGCCCUCGCGAUCCCAGAGCUCGGAGUCCCGGUCCUCCAGCUGCGAGAGCAGGCGCCGCAGCCGGUCCCCUGAGGAAGGCCGGAAGUCCCGCCACAGGCACUCCCGCCGCUGCUCCAAGACCCUCAGCAAGGCCAGCCCCCAGGCCCCGUCCAGCCUCCCGCCCGGCCAGCCCCUCCCGAUGCUCAGCCUGCUGUCCGCCAGGGGUGUAAUCACUGGGUCGGGGUCUGCUGCUGACCUCUUUACCAAAACAGCCAGCCCGCUUGCUGCCCGCCGCGGCCGCUCCCAGGAGUACGACUCAGGCCAUGACACCUCCUCGCCGCCCUCCACGCAGAUCAGCUCCAGCCGGUCUCGGGGUCCGGAGAAGGAGAGCCCCGGUGGGGACCGCAGCCAGGGCCGGGACCUCCACAGCGGCAACACCUCCGAUUCAGGGAACUCCUUCACCACCUCCUCUCCCCAGAACAAGGGGACGGCUCCCGAGAACCUCUCCCCUGCCAGCAGGGGCAGAGAGCCAAGGGGACGGGAGUCACCGGUGAAGUCCAGUGCAGUCCCGGCCACAGCCCAGAGCUCCCCCAGAAGAGGGUGCUCCCGCAGCUCCUCCCAUGCCAGCACCCGGUCCUCCAGCCACUCCUCCCGGUCCCCCAGCCCCAGGGCCUCCCCCAGGUACAGCCGAAGCCGGUCCGCCUCCUCUGGGAAAAGGUCCUACUCGCGCUCUCCCAGCUACUCCUCCAAGUCUGGCAAGAGGAGCCCGCCCAGCAGAAGCUCCGGAUCCCGCCGCAGCCCCAGCUACUCCCGCUACAGCCCCAGCAGGGAGCGGGACCCCAAGUACAAUGAGAAGAGCUCGCAGCAGCGGGAGCGCGAGCGGCCGCGGAGGAGACGGAGGUCCUACUCGCCCCUGAGGAAGCGCCGGAGAGACUCCCCGAGCCACCUGGAGGCGCGGCGGAUAACCAGCGCCCGGAAACGCCCCGUCCCCUACUACCGGCCCAGCCCCUCCUCGUCCAGCGGCCUCAGCAGCGCCUCCUCCUGGUACAGCGGCAGCAGCAGCCGCUCCGCCAGCCGCAGCCGCAGCCGCAGCCGCAGCCGCAGCCGGAGCCGCAGCCGCAGCCGGACGAGCAGCAGCUCCAGCUCCCGCAGCCCCAGCCCAGGCCCCCGCAGCCGCAGCCGGAGCCGCAGCCGGAGCCGCAGCCAGAGCCGGAGCCGGAGCCGCAGCCGCAGCCACAGCUCCGCAGACAGCGGCUCCAGCACGAGGCGCUAA